CAAAGACCGAGACAAAGAACUUUUGUCUGAGAACAUGAUGAAUGAAAAUUUGAAUAUUAUUAUGUUUUAUGGAUCUAUGGACAAAUGAAGGAAAUAAAAACAACAGAGGACACGUAUUCUGUUAGAACAUUGCUGUAUAAUAAAGUUUUCUUUGCUAAAAAGACACCUGUUAUUAACGCUAGAGAAGCGAAGUUUCAGCGACAUUUAAAAACCCGAGUUUUAUCAUCAAAUAUCAACGAUGUUGGAUAUCGCGUGAUGUCAAUUAAAAGCUGUCUCAUCAUAUUCCUGUCUACAAAGGUUUUGACGCGAGGUCAUUCCUGUACAAAAAACUAAACAACUUGUACUCCUUAGUUCGUACAAUAAAAAUAUCCUUUGAGUCCUGAACUUAAGUCUUGAUGUACUUUUGAGUAAAAAUAUGAAAUGAGAAGAGUAUUAGGAGUGUGGACAUUAAAAACGAUUGCGCUUAGAUAGUUCGACAGCAAAGGAUGAUGAUAUAUGAUGCAAAAACCAAAACAAUGAUAAAGAAGUAAAAUAAAUUGUCUCGGAAAAAGCGACCGCACUCCGGCGUCUUCUUCAUCACCUUUUGGAAGAUGAAAAAUUGUAACACAAUAUGGCGUCCACUCAAAAUGAAAUCAAUUCCAACAAUGGCUCUAAAAAUUCCGUCGAAAGCUCCGAUAAAGAGGCAGAACAUUUUGCAAAGGUUGUCAGCGCUUUUCUCCAUUACCAAAACUUUUCGUACUUAAGGAUCGAGAAGGCAAAAAAAGAUUUUCUCUCCUUAGACGAGCAAGACCGCAAACGACUGCCAAAGUACUUGGACAACUUGGAAAAACAAAGGCGAUGUAUCGAUAAAAAUCAUAAAUUUAUCACUGAAAUUAUAGGACAUACCGGGUAUAUUUUUGAAAAUGUCGACCAUCACGUGGAUAUGAAAAUGAACUUGGAUAACAAGAUUUCUGUAUUCUUUAUGGAAAAGGUUUUGACCACAAUUAAACAGUUUGUACGUGAUUGGAGCGACGAAGGUGCCGAGGAAAGAGAUCUGUGUUACCGGCCUAUUGUAGAAGAAAUAAAAUGUUUAUAUCCACCAGACAAAUGUAACCCUUGUGACGUAUCCAUACUAGUCCCAGGUGCUGGUCUUGCUCGUCUAAUGGUGGAUCUGGCAAAACUUGGUUAUACUGUUCAGGGAAAUGAAUGGAGCUUGUUUAUGCUUAUUGCUUCGAACUAUAUCCUCAAUAAAUGCCAGGGUACCUAUCAUACCACCAUAUAUCCAUUUGUGCACCAGACUUGCAACAACAUGUCCUCUGAAGAUCAAUUACGAGCCAUUAAGAUACCCGACAUUGACCCCACUCAAUUACCACGAAACAUCAACUUCUCUAUGAAUGCCGGUAACUUCACGGAUGUUUAUGAGACUGCUGAUGAAUGGAAUUGUGUUGCAACCUGCUUCUUUAUAGACACAGCCAACAAUAUAAUAUCUUAUGUAGAAACCAUCAACCAUAUUCUCAAGCCUGGUGGAUAUUGGAUAAACCUAGGCCCACUUUUGUAUCAUUUUGCAGACAUGCAAAAUGAAUGUUCUAUUGAGAUUAGUUAUGAGCAGUUGAGGAAACUUAUAGUGAACAAAUUUGGAUUUGAAAUGCUGAAAGAAGACAGAUUGAAAUCAACAUAUAUAGGCAAUAAGAAAUCAAUGAUGGAAACCAUCUACCACUGUGUUUACUUUGUUGCUAAAAAAUCUUUGACAUGAGUAGAUUUUCUGUUGGUUAAUGCAAUUGAUAUAAUAAACUAUAAUAAAAAUAGUUCUUCAGGACAAUAGUA